AUGGACCGGGCGCGGAAGAGCAACGGCGUCGUCUCGAUGCGGUUGUUCGCCAACUGGGACAUCGACAAGACCGGCAACGACAUUGUCCAGAGGGUUGCCAAUUUUUCGGUGAAUCGCCUCCAAUUACGCACGCUGGCGCCCGAGCUGCAGAGUAUCGUGAUCACCGCCCGGCUGCAGGGUCACAAGCGGAAUCUGCGCAGCAACGAGAUUGCCCUACCGGCACGCACUGGCCAGCUGGACUUGCCAUUGGAUAUUUCGUUUGCGAUUCAGUACCCGCACUUCCUCAAGCGCAAGAUCAACGUGCUGCAGAUUCUCAUCCAGCGGCGGCGGCGUUAUAAAAAUCGCCCGAUCCCCGGCGGCUUCAAGACGUUGGCCAUUGGCCUGGUCAACCUGACGCAACUCCUCCAGCAGGGCCAGCUGCACGAGAUUCUGCUGUGGAACUCGGACGAUUUGCAGAAGGAGAACACGGCAAACGUGCAAAGCAUCGGGCGGCUCAACUUUAGCGUGUGCGCGACGCAGCCGCUCGACUCGGACACCGGGCCGCCGAAGGGGAAACCGCUGGGCGAAUUGAGCGAGGACUCGGAUUCGGAGACUGACGACGAGGCGGAGGCCCCAGCCGACAGCGAUCACCACGACGCCCCCUCCACGGCCAACCCGCCCGGCAAAAGGAUGGGCGGCGACCGGCGGAAGUUUGCGCACCGGAAAAACCUGAAACAGAGAAUCGUGUCGUUGCUCAAGAAGUUUAAGGUCCCCGAGGAGGAGGAGACCAAUUUCCCGCCCUCGACGUCGGCUUCCGUCGCUCGCGCUCCUACAGCCAAGGAACUCGAGGCGCUCUUCGAGGAGCUCGACGACUUGAGCGAUUCCGGCCCUGAAGGAAUGCUUGGCGACGACAUCUCGAUCGACUCCAUCCCCAGGCCCAACCUUCAGCCCUAUUUUAGUCGGGAGCGCAUCCCGGCAUUGGCAUCGAUUGAUGAUGAAAAGUGUUCGGACAGCGAGAACGAGGAGAAUGAAUGGUCAUCCGGGGAGCGAGAAGGGCGGAAGGAGACGACGACCAGUUACGUGGACAAUGAUACGCCGCGUCGCCCCCAGAAGCCGAAUAAAACCGUUCAACCGACGCUGAGCGACGCGAAAAUCGGCCCCUCUGCUAGCCGGACGACUAUUUCUCACUCGCUGACGGCGGGCAGCAUCGCGACGACGACCACGCCGCUCGCCCGCGAUUCGAAAACCCAGCGGAACGCUAGUUUUGGAGACCAUAUCCUCUCCCCGGAAACGCCCUUCAUCCGCGAUUUCGGCGAGUGCGUCUGGCUCUUCCACCCCUCCGAUCUCCCUCUCCAGCUGCCCUCUGCAGUACGCGCUGUCCCCUGUACGACCGUGCAGAAUGUACGCGCCGUCCUCGGGCAGCUCGUGCAAAAGCUGCACAACUUCUGCAACUCCAACUCGAACUCGCCGCCGUUGACGUGGAUCGGAGUGCUGGGAGGGGAUCGGCUGAUUUCUUUUGUGCUACGCUCGUACGUCGAGCUCGUCGCCCACCGCUCUUCCACCCCAUUCCUGGCGUCGAUCCGGUUCGCGCUGGUCCCGCCGCCGCACAGUCUAUGCGGAAGGCUGAUUUCUGGCAUCGACUCGGUGCUCGAUGCCCUGUGCCACGACGUCUGGGAGCGCAGCGCUGAGAUGAGCCCAGCUGAGAUUCAAAGGUUAAACGCCCAGCUCGACGCGUGGGCCAAGAACCUGACCGCCGGCUGCAUCCAUCUGCCAAUCGGGGAGGCGCUGCUCCAAAUGCCGGAAAAGGAGGGACAGUCCAUUGACUCCACUCGUCUGUUCGUCCCCUUCUUGGCCGAGGUUCGAGUAGGGCAGAACGAUCCCGAGGACCUGCCGGAAACGGUUAGCAGCCCCAGGGACAUCGACAAGGAGCUUCAGCCGGCCUCCACAUCAUCUGCUUUCGUCUCCGGCUCCCCUCCAGCCAGCCCCCAGAAUCGGCACGAGACCCAGGAGAUGCAAGUAGAGUACUGGACGGACCCGCAUCAGCAGGAGCCCGGCUCUCAUGCGCCAGGCCACGCCCCCGUCGCCCAGACUCCGCCCAAAAAGGAGGGCAAGGGGUCGCUGAAGAGCACCUUUAGAACGCUCCUCGUGACGCGCACCUGCGCCCAGCCCCUCCUCGCCCUCACCUUUGUCAAGGAGAAGCGGAAGGAGAAGAUGCUGCAGAAGUUGGGGAUGAAGAACCGACAGAAAAGCGAAGCCGAGAACCCGCCCGUCCAGGUGACGAACGUCUCACGGCUGCUCUGCUCCGGCGCUCAGAAGCACAGUCAACUCGCUGUAUGCGUUGAUGGGCAAACGUUUCCGUCUGUGCGCUUCUUCCAGACGUCCUCCCAAUGGCCGACCCAUAUCCGCACCCUGCCCGUCUCCAUCAUCUCGUCGCUGCCCAAUUUUUACAAA